CCGCCCCGCCCCCCGCAGAUCUGGGCGGUUGGACGUCUAGAUCCUUAAAAGUUGAGCGCCAGUCUGAAUCGUCCCCCGAGGGCUGUCGGCCCGCUUGAGCGGAGGGAGGGGACGGGAAAGGUUAAUGAUUCCCUUCUCCACCAGCUCCUACCCUAGCACGUUCGUGCUUUCUGCGGGACAUUUCCUGGGUUCUGCGGCCCAAUGGACCUGGCUGCUGGUACAGCCUGCUGAGCGCGCGGGAGCUCUGGGACCCCGGCAGGCGACAGAAGCUGAGCUCAGGAGGGUCCUCAGGCCCUGCCGAGAACGCGAUGGGGUGAAGGUGGGAUGGAAGCGGCGGCGUCCAGGGUUGGGAGAUGAAUCCCAGCAAGGGCCGCGCUGUCCCGAGCGCCAGUGCUGCCUCUGGGAGAACUUUUCCCAACUCCCCCGGGGAGGCCCGCAGACGGCUAGGAAGGCGCCUUCUUGGCCUGGCGUACACUCUCUGCUCCUCCGCCCGGCGCCAGCUUCCCGCGAUCCCCUCUGAGGCUUGGCCCAGGUCCCCAGCCACUGUGCGUUGGGUCAGCACCGCGAAGAGAUCAUGGAGCCGCCUCAGCGCAGAGCGGGUGGUGCUGGCGCCAAGCGACCCAAGCACACACAGACCUACAGUGCACGCGUACUCACAUCCAUCUACGUGCGCGCGCGUACCCCAUCUACAGACACUCGCAAACAUUCCACACACAUAUUCAUAGUCCACUCGCGCAAAAUACACACCCACCCACCGCCCGCAGGCGCACAGACCCCAGAUUCCCUGGCUCACAGACACACACAGAUCUUCCCAAUGGACGGACCCGGGAAGCAUCUCAUGCCAGGUCCUCCUGAGGCUGCUGCCCAGACACACCAAGGAAGCCCCAGACUCUAGAGCACUCCCCCGAUUCCCACGACUCAGAACACUCAGGUUUCAGGGCAUAGGCACACGUGUGCACUCGUGUGAACACGCGCGCGUGCGUGCACGCGCACGCACAGAGUCCUACUCCUAAGGGACAAGCAGCCAGACAGACGCCCAGGAAAGAGCUCCUCCAAGGCAUCUGCCCGAAGGAGGGAGGAGACUGGCUCCAAGCAGCUCAGGGCAGGCGCCCAGCAUGGCAGGCAGGCGCCUGUCUCGUCCUGUUUGAGGCUCAUUUUGCCCGGCUCCCUGCCCCUAUGUCUACGACUCAAACCCAUUCUGGACACAUCUCCUCCCACCAGGGUCUGCAUCCUUUGCUUGGGCUAUCUCCAUUUCCCUGCUGUCCCCCCACCCAGGUGUCUUUCAUCCUUCUCCCCUUUGCGUGGUCUUUCUGGUCUACCUCUCCAGUUCUUCUGUCCUCUCCCAUCUCUUCUGUCCCCAGUUUCCCUUAGCCUGUAUCUGGCCUUCUUCACCCUGAUGCUAGCGCAUCUGAGCCCAGGGCAGCUGACUUCAUUCUUCCCUACUUGCCUGUUUGGCUGCAGACUUGACAGCUUCAUUCCUGUCUCUGGCACUCUGACCCUUCCUGGCACAUGGCCUCAGCAGCUUCGGCCUCCCUUCCCAGGGAAUCUUCUGGGGCUGGAUGCCCCAGAGCCCCACAGUCUCUCCAAGGGACCUGGAACUGGAGGAAGAGGGUUGUGGGACACCGCAAGCCCCAGCCCUGGGAGAUGUGGCCCUUUGAAGAAUCUGGUGCCCAUGCCAUGGCUUGGCCUUUGACACUCUGCUGCUGUUGCCCUGAAGUCCAGAACACAGGUAGAAAGAGGCAUUGUCCUGGUAGGGGAAGGACCACAGGUUUCCAGUGCACCCUUGGGCAGACUACUUCCCUUUCUUGUGUGUAAAAGGACAGGCCUGGCUGAGUGGACCUGUGAGGUCUCUUUUGGACCCCAAUAAUCUGAAACGUUGACUCUAGUGAGUUUUUUGCGGGGGCGGGGCUGAAGAUCACGGUUGUAACCCUGCAGGUUAUGGUACCUACCAUUUCCCUUAGAGAACCCUUCUCUGCUAGAGGCAUCCUGAAUCCUACGUGAGGGUUGUUCAGAUGAUUUUCUUAAAAGGACCAGAAAUGUUGAAUAAUUUUCCUAGGGUUACACUGCUGCAGUGCAGUCUCCAUGGAGGUAGCCAGUGUCUUCUGCCUGAACCACCGACUCCACUGGUAGCUGCUUGGUAGUAAGGAAUGAAUGAGGAGUGGAGACUUAAACUCAGAUCUCUGGAGUCCCAGGUCCUUAGGGUCACGACUUAAGCCCUUUCCUCUGACAGUUUAGACAUGCUUCCUGGUCUCUCCAGCCGCUUCACUGUGCCUGGUCAUUCAAAGGCAGAUGAGGUUGUCUGAGAGAAGGACAGACUCAGCUGGCUAGACAUGGCCCCAGAGAAGGACUGACAGAGAGCAGAUUAGGGGGAAGGGCCUUAGCAAUCCGCGCAAGCCCCUAAGGCUCGGCCAAGCAGACUGCACAUGGGCAGGGGAUCCGUGCUAGGGGAGAAGACAACUCUGACCGCAGUUUGGCCUAUUGGCUUCUUCUCACUGCCUCACGACCUGGGGGCGGCACAGGUGGCCUCUGCAGACCAGCAAAGUGAGAUGCCAAGAGCAGAGGUGGUUUCCUGAAGGGAAUCGCCAGCCCAUCGUGACAAUAGGCACCCCAAAAUUGGUGGUGGUGAUGACGGCGGUUGUGGUCCAUAGUGACAAUACUAUUAUGGGCACAGAUGAUGACGUUACCAUUGUUUUAAUGGAAAGCUCAGUGAUUUGGCUCCCUUCCCCCUCUUUAAAGUGGUUUCCUCACCUGCACCCAUUUGUACCCUCCCCUUACCCAAAUGUGGAGAAGCAGGUGCUGUCAGUGAGGCAGCAGGGUCCGACCGUCUGUCCUUCUAGGCAAGGAGGAGGGCUUUGCCAUUUGGAGUCCUCCUCCCCACUCCCCCCACAAAAAAGCAUAUCUCCUGCCAGAGGAGCCAGGAGAGGUGUCAAAGUCUGUCAAAACACCCUUCCAAGCUGGAUCCCAAAGCGCCGGGACCCAGGGAAAAGAAAUAAAGAGAGCAGUGUCGGCCCGAAAUAGAACGGUGCGCCCGGGCACAGGUACGCACGGCUUCCACAAGCCGCGUCUCGCGGGCAGACAGUGCAGCUCACGCUCCAGUUGCUUGACAAAGGCCAGAGGCAGGGACGCCGCUGCCAGGACCAGUCCGGAAGGCAGCAGAGUCUCCCCAGUGAGCUCAUUCCCUGCCGGGCCACCAGGAGACCAGAUAGCUGUGGCCCCAGGGUGGCGAAUACCGGUCUGCAUUGGUCCAAGCUCUGUGGGAAGGCUGAUGGCCUCCGUCCCCUUCCUCGUGGUUGAGCACCUACCGUGUGUUGUGUGCUAGGCACUCACUCACUUGUGCCUUGCAGCCUAUGCAAUGGCAUAAGAAUGGUCACCCUCGUGGAGUGCGUGGGAAAACAGGGUUCAGAGGAGGGAAGACACUUGCCUGAGGUCACACAGCUGAUUGAAGCAAAAGCCCCCCUUUUGCCUAGUACCCUGCUUUGUUUCUAGCUGUUUGUUUGUUUUGCGUCAGGAAACCAUUAUGUGACAUUAUUUAAAGGAUGCUCACUCCUCUGCCAGAGAAGUUUGAGGAAUGGUGCUGUCACCCGAGUUUGUCUCUCCAUGGCUGGGCCCAGGCACCUCACCUCUGCAUCUCAAGCUCUGCCCUCCACCCUGAGAGCCUCGCCUGUCUCCUGGGGCCCCUCAUUGUGAACCUUGAAAUAUAACUCUGAUGGCGUCAGAGCUAUGAGAUGCUUCUGCAGAUGGGGAGAUCAUUCAGAGAGGCCGAGUGAGUUGGCCAGCAUCACACAGCGUGUUGGGGCCGGAGUUGGGGCUCAGAAUCCCAGCGUGUGCUUUCUCCAGUGUGUACCAUGUGUCCAGUUGGCGCCAGUGAAGGGGCUGGACCGGUGCAGGUGGGAGGCCUCUGACCUCCCCAAUGCUGUCGCUGCCCCUGCUGAGGUCCUCUCCUCCACAUCCCCUCUGGCAUGAAUCCCAGGCCCCCCACUUAGUCACCAUGAUGCUCAGUAACCGUAGCAGACAUUGGCAUCACUCCACAACCUCCCCAAAGGAGGCAGGGUGUUUUUAUUCCUUUUCACCAUGGGCGGGACCGAGGCUAGAGAGAUGGAGUCACCUGCCCAAGGUCACACGGCUAGUAAAGGGCAGGUGGAGCCCCAGCCAGCAGGUUCAGCCUAGGCUCGAGGAAGGGAGAGGCAGGGAACCAACGCCAAGGGGGUGGAGGAGCGACGGGCAGCUCCUAUUCACAUUACGCCUCCAGUCUCAUCACGCGCUGCCUUGGGCGCCAGCAGCAUCUGUGUCUCUGCCAAAUCCUGGAAGGAAGAAAGCCGGGGCAGCGGUCUGGGAGCAGCCUCCGGUGGGAAGGCAUUCCUGAAGCUCUGAAUGUGGAAAUGUCUGUCGCAGAGCCAGGGAGAGAAGCCGCUAGGGACAGUGUCGCUGUCUUUGGCCCCGCGGGCCCUUUGGUUCCAUCAUCUCACCUCCUCCCUUCGGUUCUUCCUUCCCAGAGAACCAGCCUGGGCCGCUGGCAGUUUGGCACUGGCUGCUGAUGUCAGACUAUGGACUCAGAAGAUGACCCCCUGCUGCAGGACGUGUGGCUAGAGGAGGAGCAGGAGGAAGAAGAAGCCACGGGGGAAUCCUUUAAGGGGACCCAGGAGUCAGGGCCCCGGCCAAGGGCAGGAGGCCAGUGUUGCUGGCAGCGCUGGACCUUUCCGUCCCGGCCCCCAGCCUCGGGUUUCUGGAGUACCCUGGGCUGGGCCUUCACCAACCCGUGCUGCGCUGGGCUAGUGCUCUUCCUGGGCUGCAGCAUCCCCAUGGCCCUGUCGGCCUUCAUGUUCCUCUACUACCCACCGCUGGACAUCGACAUCUCUUACAACGCCUUUGAGAUCCGCAACCACGAGGCCUCGCAGCGCUUUGACGCCCUGGCUUUGGCACUCAAAUCCCAGUUUGGAUCUUGGGGUCGCAACAGGCGAGACUUGGCAGAUUUCACCUCCGAGACGCUUCAGCGCCUCAUCUCAGAGCAACUCCAGCAGCUCCAUCUCGGGAACCGCUCGCGCCAGGCCUCCAGAGCCCCACGCGCUUUCCCAGGGGACACCUGGGAUACCAUGGCGGCCCAAAAUCCAACAGCCAAUCGGAGUGGGCGUCUUCGCCGUGAGGCCCCGCCCCUGAAGGAUCUAGUGGCCAACCAGAGUAACGCUUCGAGGGAUCUGCCUACCGACAGCAAUGGGCGGCACCAGCCCAGCACUCCGCCCCCUACAGUUGCAGCGUCCAAUCAGAGCCGUGCCCGCCGGGGUGCUUCGCGCUGGGACUAUUCUAGGACCUACGUGAGCGCCAACACCCAGACGCAUGCGCACUGGCGCAUCGAGCUCAUCUUUCUCGCUCGCGGAGAUGCAGAGCGCAACAUUUUCACUAGUGAGCGGCUGGUCACAAUCCACGAGAUCGAGCGCAAGAUCAUGGACCACCCGGGCUUCCGGGAGUUCUGCUGGAAGCCUCACGAGGUGCUCAAGGACCUGCCACUUGGCUCCUACUCCUACUGUUCCCCACCCAGCUCGCUCAUGACCUACUUCUUCCCCACCGAGAGGGGUGGCAAGAUCUACUACGAUGGCAUGGGCCAGGACCUGGCCGACAUCCGGGGCUCCCUAGAGCUGGCCAUGACGCACCCUGAGUUCUACUGGUACGUGGACGAGGGCCUCUCCGCUGACAAUCUGAAGAGCUCCCUCCUGCGCAGCGAGAUCCUGUUUGGAGCGCCACUGCCCAACUACUACUCAGUGGAUGACCGCUGGGAGGAGCAGCGGGCCAAGUUCCAGAGCUUUGUGGUCACCUACGUGGCCAUGCUAGCCAAACAGUCUACUAGCAAAGUCCAGGUCCUCUAUGGCGGCACAGACCUCUUUGACUACGAGGUGCGUAGGACCUUCAACAACGACAUGCUCUUGGCCUUCAUCAGCAGCAGCUGCAUCGCCGCCCUCGUCUACAUCCUCACCUCUUGCUCAGUGUUCCUAUCCUUCUUCGGGAUUGCCAGCAUUGGCCUCAGCUGCCUGGUGGCGCUCUUCCUGUACCACGUGGUCUUUGGCAUCCAGUACUUGGGCAUCCUCAACGGAGUGGCCGCCUUCGUGAUAGUGGGCAUUGGCGUGGACGAUGUCUUCGUGUUCAUCAACACCUACCGCCAGGCCGCGCACCUGGAGGACCCGCAGCUACGCAUGAUCCACACCAUCCAGACGGCAGGCAAGGCCACCUUCUUCACCUCCCUGACCACGGCCGCUGCCUACGCUGCCAACAUCUUCUCCCAGAUCCCUGCCGUGCACGACUUUGGCCUCUUCAUGUCGCUCAUCGUGUCCUGCUGCUGGCUGGCCGUGCUCUUCACCAUGCCCGCUGCCCUGGGGCUCUGGGGCCUUUACCUGGCCCCGCUAGAGAGCUCCUGCAGGGCCAGCUGCCACCAGAAGUGUGGCCGCAAGAGCUCCUUGCACUUCCCUGGGGAUGUGUUUGCCACUCCCGAGCGGGCUGGGGACAGCCCUGCCCAGGGCCCCAUGCCCUACCUGGACGACGACAUCCCCCUGCUGAACGUGGACGAGGAGCCAGUGUCACUGGAGCUGGGAGAUGUGUCCCUGGUAUCUGUGCCCACCUCGAGCCUGCAGCCAGCCCCCGACCCAGACAGCCGGGGCCAGCUCCUUGGGCAGCUGCAGGAACUGCUGCACCACUGGGUGCUGUGGUCGGCAGUCAAGAGCCGCUGGGUCAUCGUGGGGCUCUUCUCGUCCACCCUCAUCCUGUCCCUGGUGUUUGCCAGCCGGCUCCGCCCCGCCAGCCGGGCGCCACUGCUCUUCCGGCCUGAUACAAACAUCCAGGUGCUGCUGGACCUCAAGUACAACCUGAGUGCCGAGGGCAUCUCCUGCAUCACCUGCUCAGGUCUGUUUCAGGAGAAGCCUCACAGCCUGCAGACCAACACCCGCACGUCACUGGAGAAAAAGAAGCGAGGCUCCGGGGCUUCCUGGGCCAGCCGGCCUGAAGCCACCCUGCAGGACACUGUGAGCACCGUGUACGUCUCCAAGGUGAAGAGUAAAGGCCACCCCACUGUCUACAGGCUGUCCCUCAAUGCCAGCGUGCCCACCCCCUGGCAGGCCGUGUCCCCCGGGGACGGAGAGGUGCCCUCCUUCCAGGUGUAUAGAGCGCCUUUUGGUGACUUCACCAAGAAGCUGACCGCUUGUAUGUCUACAGUAGGGCUGCUCCAGGCCGCGAGCCCCUCCCGCAAGUGGAUGGUGACGACCUUGGCCUGUGACGCCAAGCGGGGCUGGAAGUUUGACUUCAGCUUUUACGUGGCCGCCAAGGAGCAGCAGCACACCCGGAAGCUGUACUUUGCCCAGUCCCACAAGCCCCCCUUCCAUGGGCGCGUGUGCAUGGCGCCCCCUGGCUGUCUGCUCAGCUCCAGCCCCGAUGGGCCUACCAGGGGCUUCUUCUACGUGCCCAGCGAGAAAGUGCCCAGGGCCCGACUGUCCGCCACAUUCGGCUUUAACCCCUGCGUGAACACAGGCUGUGGGAAGCCAGCAGUACGUCCCCUGGUGGACACCGGGGCCAUGGUCUUCGUGGUCUUUGGCAUUAUUGGCAUCAACCGCACCCGACAGGUGGACAACCACGUCAUUGGAGACCCGGGCAGUGUCAUCUAUGAUAGCAGCUUUGACCUCUUCAAAGAAAUUGGACACCUGUGUCGCCUCUGCAAGGCCAUCGCAAGCAACAUGGAGCUGGUGAAGCCGGGUGGGGCCCAGUGCCUGCCCUCAGGCUACAGCAUCUCUGCGUUCCUACGGAUGCUGCACCCUGAGUGCAAGGAGCUGCCGGAGCCCAACCUGCUGCCGGGACAGCUGUCCCACGGGGCCGUGGGCGUCAAGGAGGGCCGCGUGCAGUGGAUCUCCAUGGCCUUUGAGUCGACCACGUAUAAGGGCAAGUCCUCCUUCCAGACCUACUCAGACUACCUGCGCUGGGAAAGCUUCCUCCAGCAGCAGCUGCAGGCCUUCCCUGAGGGCUCAGCCCUGCACCGUGGCUUCCAGACCUGCGAGCACUGGAAGCAGAUCUUCAUGGAGAUCAUAGGGGUGCAGAGCGCCCUUUUCGGCCUGGUCCUCUCCUUGCUCAUCUGUGUGGCCGCAGUGGCCGUGUUCACCACCCACAUCCUGCUCCUGCUGCCUGUGCUGCUGAGCAUCCUGGGCAUCGUCUGCCUGGUGGUGACCAUCAUGUACUGGAGCGGCUGGGAGAUGGGUGCCGUGGAAGCCAUCUCCCUGUCCAUCCUGGUGGGCUCCUCCGUGGAUUACUGCGUGCACCUGGUGGAGGGCUACCUGCUGGCUGGAGAGAACCUGCCCUCACACCAGGCUGAGGACCCUGGUGCACAGCGCCAGUGGCGGACGCUGGAGGCUGUGCGGCACGUGGGUGUGGCCAUCGUGUCCAGCGCCCUCACCACCGUCAUCGCCACCGUGCCCCUCUUCUUCUGCGUCAUCGCCCCGUUUGCCAAGUUCGGGAAGAUUGUGGCGCUCAACACGGCCGUGUCCAUCCUCUACACACUCACCGUCAGCACCGCCCUGCUGGGUGUCAUGGCCCCUGGCUCCUUCACCCGGACCAGGACUUCCUUCCUCAAGGCCCUGGGAGCCGUGCUGCUGGCGGGGGCCCUGGGGCUGGGUGCCUGCCUCGUGCUCCUACACAGUGGCUACAAGAUCCCCCUGCCCAGCGGCACAGCCCUAUAGCCCGGCAGGGGCCUAACUUGCGCACCUCAGCCUGGAGUGUGGGGCUGGCCCAACCUGGAGGCCCUUGCUGCCCUGCCCAGCUCCGGCUACCCCUGUUCCCAGCCUGGCCACACUGGAGCCCACACCACGGUCUUCACAGCUAGAGCCAAGCUGGGGGCAUAAUGAAUAGCCAGACCCACCACGCCCCCCGGGGGCCACAGACAGCCUGGCUGGGCUCUGUCCACAGUGCCAGAGAGCAGCCCUCUCCUUUGCCUGGGCACCGUGAGGGCAGGUGGUCGCCUCAGGGGUCUCCCCUCACUUGCUCAGUACUCGCAGCCUUCUGGGCUAGGAGUGUCGGGUGCCCCAUUCUACAGAUGUGGAAACUGAGACACCAGGAGGCAGAGUGACUGUCCUGGGGCUGCCCCCUAGCCUGAGCCUCCUGCAUGCCCCUGCAGGAAGAGCGCAGCAGGUUCAGGGGUGGGGACUUCACCGCUGCUCCAUCCCCUCCCUUCAUCUUUGCGUGGCCAGUGCUGGGUGACACGUCCUUCCUGGGCCUUUUGUUACAGACCAGCGAGGACGGAGGGACAGGCCUGAGGUUGUGCAUGUCCUGGUCCCAGCCUGGGGCCUCCUCUGAGGCCCUUUGGGGAUGCAGGCUCCAGCAUGACCUUCCCCACAGCUCCAACCCCUUUCUCCCCUCCAUGGCUCUGAGGUUGGACACUGCGGGGGGCAGCCCUUGCGGGGAGACCUGGCCCUGCCUGCUGCCUGCCUGAGGCAGAUGGUUCCUAUUAAAGUGAAAUGAGACUGCG